AUGGCUGCCAACAUCUCUGUGCAACCAUCCUCCUCCAUCCGCGAUGUCACCAAGAUGGAACGCAUCGGCGUCCACUCUCACAUUCAUGGCCUUGGACUCGACUCCAAUUUGGAACCUCGCGCUAGCUCCCAAGGUAUGAUUGGGCAAGGCAAGGCUCGAAAGGCGGCUGGUGUGAUCUUGAAGAUGGUCCAAGAAGGAAGAAUAGCCGGACGGGCAAUCCUCAUGGCCGGUCCUCCCAGUACUGGAAAGACUGCGUUGGCUAUGGCGAUGACACAAACAUUGGGCAGUGAUGUUCCCUUUGUCAUGCUCACGGCUUCAGAGAUGUCCAAAACCGAAUCAUUAACUCAGGCUUUCCGACGUGCCAUCGGUGUGAGGAUAAAGGAGGAGACAGAGCUGAUCGAGGGUGAAGUCGUUGAGAUCCAAGUGGACCGAAGUGUGACCGGUGCUACCAAGACAGGACGAUUGACCCUCAAAACGACAGACAUGGAGACUGUCUACGACCUCGGUUCUAAAAUGAUCGACCAGCUGCAAAAGGAAAAGGUGUUGGCCGGCGAUGUUGUCAGCAUCGACAAGGCUAGCGGCAGAAUCUCAAAGCUAGGCAGGAGUUUCGGACGAGCCAAGGAUUACGAUGCUAUGGGUGCCGACACACGUUUCGUCGCCUGCCCCGACGGCGAGCUCCAAACGCGCAAAGAGGUCGUUCACACCGUUUCCCUUCACGAAAUCGAUGUCAUCAACUCCCGUACCCAAGGCUUCCUUGCCCUCUUUGCCGGCGACACUGGAGAGAUCAAGCCCGAGCUUCGAGCGCAGAUCAACGGCAAGGUGGCCGAGUGGAGAGAGGAAGGCAAGGCGGAGAUUGUUCCUGGUGUCUUGUUCAUCGAUGAGGUACACAUGCUUGACAUCGAGUGCUUUUCGUUCCUGAACAGGGCCAUGGAGAAUGAGCUGGCGCCGUUGGUAGUCAUGGCCUCCAACAGAGGCAUCACGAGGAUAAGAGGGACCAAGUACAAGAGCCCCCACGGUAUCCCCGUCGACCUUUUGGAUAGAAUGUUAAUCAUCUCGACCAAAAAGUAUGACGAGGAUGAGAUGCGAGAGAUUGUCAAGAUCAGGGCCGAGGAAGAAGACGUCAAGCUUACCCCCGCCGCGCUCGACCUCCUCGCAACGAUGGGCUCUCAAACCUCCCUUCGAUACUCUUUGAACCUCAUCGCCCCCUCUUCUCACCUCGCCCAGCGCAGAAAGUCUCCACAGGCAGAUGUGGAAGAUGUGAGGUUGGCGUACAAGUACUUUAGUGAUGUGGAGAGGAGCGCCCAGUAUGCCAAGGAGACGAGCGGAAUGAUGUUCGGAGAGACAGAGGAAGUGGGUGGAGGGAUGGACGUCGACGCGCAAUAG